UGACAAGUUCCAAUUUCUUUUUAAAGUCACAGUUAGCUGAAGUCUCUUUGCUGUCUUUGGAAUCUUUGGAGAGAGCCCACCUUCAAGCAUUCUUAGUAUGGGAGCAACUGCUGGUUCCAUUAUAAUGAAAUGGCUGCUUUGGGUUCUCCUGGGGUGCUCAAUGGCACAACUGCACAAAGACCCCACGUUGGAUCAUCACUGGGAUCUCUGGAAGAAAACCUAUGGCAAGGAAUACAAGGACAAGAAUGAGGAAGAAGCACGACGUCUCAUCUGGGAAAAGAAUCUAAAAUUUGUGAUGCUUCACAACCUGGAACAUUCGAUGGGAAUGCAUUCAUACGAUCUAGGCAUGAACCACCUGGCAGACAUGACCAGUGAAGAAGUGAUGUCUUUAAUGAGUUCCCUGAGAGUUCCCAGCCAAUGGCAGAGAAAUGUCACCUAUAAGUUGAACUCUAAUCAGAAAUUACCUGAUUCUGUGGACUGGAGAGACAAGGGGUGUGUUACCGAAGUGAAAAACCAGGGUUCCUGUGGUUCUUGUUGGGCUUUCAGUGCUGUGGGGGCCCUGGAAGCACAGCUGAAGCUGAAGACAGGAAAGCUGAUAUCUCUGAGUCCACAGAACCUGGUGGAUUGCGCAACUGAAAAGUACCUCAAUAAAGGCUGCAAAGGUGGAUACAUAACACAGGCUUUCCAAUAUAUCAUUGACAACAAUGGCAUCCAAUCAGAAGCUUCCUAUCCCUACAAAGCCAUGGAUGGAAAGUGCCAAUAUGACUCAAAAUAUAGAGCUGCCACAUGUUCAAAGUAUACUGACCUUCCUUCCGGCCGUGAAGAUGCCUUGAAAGAAGCUGUGGCCAAUAAAGGACCCGUGUCUGUUGCUAUAGAUGCGAGCCAUCCUUCUUUCUUCCUCUACAAAAGUGGUGUCUACUAUGACCAAGCCUGCACUCUCAAUGUGAAUCAUGCUGUAUUGGUGGUUGGCUAUGGUAACCUUAAUGGGAAAGACUACUGGCUUGUGAAAAACAGCUGGGGCCUCUAUUUUGGUGACCAAGGAUAUGUUCGGAUGGCAAGAAACAGUGGAAAUCAUUGUGGGAUUGCUAGUUAUGCCUCUUACCCAGAAAUCUAGAGGAUCUCUCCAUUAUAUAACAAGUCAAGAAAGAUAAAACACUUUCUCUUCACUUAAUUUUACCUGCUGUAACCAGUGGAAAUAAAUGUGUCACGAACAAUAUAAAUAUAUAAUUUGUCUCUUCUACUUUUUUAACUUUACAGAUCUUGAAAAAAUUUGCUAAGUGAAACUUAAUAAUGUACUGUAGAUAUAACUGUAUGAGAAUUAGUCCACCUAAUACAAUUUGUCAUUAUCUUAUUUCGCCUCUUUGUCUUUUUAUGUACACCUGAUAUCAUUUUGUACAUUGAUGGUGUUAGCUCUUAACUUCCAUAUUACUGCCCCAAGCCUCUC